AUGGCCAACCCGACAGCUAUGACAAAAAGUUUGGACACCUUCCAACCGUCAAAGACGCGUGCACUAUCCAAAUACCACUUUGGUCGCAUGCUCGGCGCAGGCACAUAUGGUAUUGUCCGCGAGGCAGAUGGCCCGACCGGAAAGGUCGCCAUCAAGGUCAUCCUGAAAAAGAAUGUCAAGGGUAACGAACAGAUGGUCUACGACGAGUUGAAUCUCCUCCAAAAUCUGAAGCAUUCGCAUAUUGUCCGCUUUGUGGACUGGUUUGAAUCGAGGGAUAAAUACUACAUUGUCACGGAGCUUGCUACGGGCGGCGAGCUGUUCGAUCGAAUUUGUGAGCAGGGCAAGUUCACCGAGAAGGAUGCUUCGCAGACCAUCAAACAGGUUCUCAGUGCGGUUGACUACCUGCACAAGAAUAACGUCGUGCAUCGAGGUUUUCAUUCCUUUCUCUGUGGCCUUAUUUGUCUGACAAUGGGCUUCGUAGACCUAAAACCGGAAAACCUUCUGUACCUUACAAAGCAGUCUGACUCCGACUUGGUUUUGGCUGAUUUCGGCAUCGCCAAGAUGCUGGACAGCAAGGACGAGGUCUUGACCACGAUGGCAGGCUCGUUCGGCUACGCGGCGCCCGAGGUCAUGCUCAAAAAGGGCCACGGAAAGCCCGUCGACAUGUGGUCUAUGGGUGUCAUAACGUACACCCUCUUGUGCGGUUAUUCGCCUUUCCGUUCCGAAAACCUGCCCGACCUGAUCGAGGAGUGCACAUCUGCCCGUGUCAUCUUCCACGAGCGCUAUUGGAAGGACGUUAGUGAGGACGCCAAAGACUUCAUUAUUGGCCUACUUCAGCCGAACCCGGAUGACCGCUGGAGUAGCGGAGAUGCGCUGAAGCACAAGUGGCUGAGCGGCGAGAGUGCCACUGAGCACAACUUGCUGCCAGAGAUCAAGGCUUACAUGGCAAAGGCUCGCCUGCGCAGAGGCAUCGAACUCGUCAAGCUUACUAACCGUAUUGAGGCUCUCAAGAUGCAGGAAGACGACCCCGAAAACUCUGAUAUGCAGACUGAUACAGCAGCACCACUCCAGAAGGCGGCCGCUGCAGCAGCUGCCCAGGACGACGGAGCUUCUGGCAGCGUCGGCGCUGAGAGCGGCCCCACCGACAAAACUAAACAGACAAUUCAAAAAGUAAAGGGAGCCAUCUUCCGGGAGGUCGUCAUGGCCAAGGUCCGCGAAAUGCGCCAGCAGGAAGAGGUGCGCAAGGAGGUCGAAGAGGCCAGCAAGCAGGGCUCACCUUGA